AAUUCAAGUCUUCUUCUUUAAUUUGUCUCUUUCAUUAGAUUUCUCAAGAGAGACACAAAAAACCAGAACAAAAAAAAAUGAAGAGAAGGGGAAACAUGAUGCUUUCAUCUUCUUCAUCAACUAACAGUAUUCAUCGCCAUGAAUCCACAGCAGCAACAACUACUACUAAAACAAAAGCAAAAACUACUAGUAGUACAGUAAACCACAAAAGCAUUGGUUGCAUGUCUGGUAUUUUUCAUCUCGUCUCUAGAUACCAACAUCGCCGUAAACUCCUCACUAACUCUUCCUCAUCUUCAGAGAAACAAGAAAAAUGUAGCAACAACAAGAAAAUCAAUCCUUCGGUACAAGCUCAGUCGUUAAACCCUAAAUCAGAAUCACAACCAGCUAAACCCAAACAAAACCUGGUGUCAGAUCAGAAAACUCCCGCUCCUCUUUCACCUUCACUAACAGAUUCAGAUUUGAAGAGAUUUUCAUUUGAUUCACCAAGAAGUCCAACAAUUCCAUCUGAAAUUCGAUUAUCAGUAAAUGUAAAAUCAAAAUCAAACGUCGAUUCUGAUAACCAAAAUCAACAACGUUCUCCAGCUUUAGUAGCUAGGUUAAUGGGAUUAGAUGAUUUUCCUCCGACGCCAUCAUCAUCAUCAUCACCAUCUGAGAAGCGAAGAAAGCUAAUGGUAGCAUUAGAAAAAUGUGAUGAAGAUCUUAAAACUCUUAAAAACAUCAUCAAUACCAUUCGAUCAACUAAUGACAAUCAUAACCGUACAUCUCCUAUGGUCCCCGGAAUUCAUAGCACAAGUACAGGCGGAGUAAUUAGAAUUGACAGUUCAGAAUUACGAACUGAGAAUGUUAAAGAUCGAGCAACAUCAGAGAUGAUGACGAUGAAAUACAGUACGACAAAGAAUAAGGACUCGUUGUUUGGUGACGAUGGUUCAAUGAACGGUGCAGAUUCGAUGAUGAACGCGAAAAGUUGUUCGGAAUUUAAUAGUAGUGGUGGCAGUAAUAUUAGUGAUGAGGUGAACCAACCAAGUCCUAAUUCAGUUCUUGAACUAAUCUCUUCUCCUCCUUCUCCUCUCCUGCUACCACACCAACAAACCGGUGUUCUCAAUACAGGAGAGAAGUUUAGGAAAAAACUAAGAGAAGAAGGCAAUAGUUUCUCCUUCUUCCAAAGAACAGCAUUUGAAUCCCUACGAAGAAUUUCUGGCAGGAGACUAUCAGGUGAAUUCAGCUCGACAACAUUAACCAACAGAUCACCAUUGUCGCCGACUUCGGCAUUUCAAAAUGAUCGGUCGUCAACUUCGGUAUUUCAAAAUGAUCGGUGCAAGAAAGAAAAAGUGGAGAUUGUAAAUGAAGCCUGUUUAGAUGUGGUGUGCGGAGAAAGAUGGGAAUUAGGUCGGAUAGGAGUUAUUUUAGAAGAUUACAUGUUUAAUGAGUUAAUCCAAGAAACUGUCCGGGAGUUACUUUUAGGAUGCUGUAGUACUUACACUAACAUUCUGUACUCAUCAUCUUCACUUCCCUCUGGGUCAUGCAAGAAAAAACUUUGUUUCUAGUACCGGGUAUCGACGGCUUGCAUGAUGUGUUAGAGAAAAUGGAAAGUUUGUAGAGUCUCUUGUAUUUAUUCAAUUGUUAUUUAGAUAAACUAAUUUCAGCCCUGCUAUU